AUGUCCGAGUUUGACGACACGAGUUUAUUCCACGAGGAUGAUCACAGGGUAGCAUACAUAUUUACUGCACCACCGACCACCACUGCCGCAACAAAUACAUCGCCAACUACCACAACAAAAUCUGCGCCAGUUCGGCCGGCGAAAAGGAGGAGGGUGUUGGAAAAGGAUACCGCUGCUCCUCUUCCUGCCCAGGAAAAAGAUGAUGAUGAAGGGCGUCAGUGGCCCAGAUUGUUCAACGGCCUCGAGUCCCCCUCGGCGGCCGACCUCCGAAAAAAAACCUACGAGUCUGCCUGGCCGGUUUUGGAGAGCGAGAUUGAGAGUGUGCUGAGGGAUGCGAACCGCCAGACUCUGGAGGAGGUUGUCGAGUUUUUGAACAGUGAUGUACAUGAAUGUGAGGGGAGGGGGAGGGUUCCGGCUGGGUUUAUCAUCACGGGACCUAAUAUUGCGGGCCAGGAUUUGCUGUUUUCACAGUUGGGGGAUGUGUUGGCUGAAAGGGGGGAGGGGAGGGUGAGGGAGGGGAUGGGAGGUCAGGAAGGGGGAGGAUGGGAGGAUGGGAGGGGAGGGAGGAGGUAUUUGGAUUAUGAUCUUGAGGCGUUGAGGGUGGAGAUGGAGGGGAGGGGAGGGGUGGUGGUUGCUUUUCAGGAUAGUGAGGCUUUUGAUACGGGGUUGGUGGGGGAGUUGGUUGGGUUGUUUCAUUCAUGGCAGGAUCGGAUUCAGUUUUCGGUGUUGUUUGGGAUUGCUACUUCGGUUGAGCUUUUCCAGGCGAGGCUGCUCAAGGCGACGGCGAGGCAGCUAUACGGGGCGCAGUUUGAUGUUGUGCAGGCUAAUGCUGUGCUUGAGAGCGUGAUCAUGGCUGCGGUGGCGGGGACGAAGGCACAACUGAGGAUCGGGCCGGGGUUGUUGAGGAAAUUGGUGAGAAGGCAGCAGGAGCAGGUUGCGGGGGUGGGAGCUUUUAUUAGCUCGCUCAAGUAUGCGUACAUGAACCACUUCUACGCCAAUCCGCUAAGCGCUCUACUUGUCGACGGUCAGAAGCUGGACAAGGAAAUUCUACAGCCGGAACACCUCGAGGCAGUGAGGAUGCUGGAGUCGUUCAAGUCACAUGUGGAACAGUCUGUCGAGGACGGACGGCUGGAUCACGCACGAUUGUUGCUGGAGAACGAUGACUAUCUCAAGGGUAGAAUUAACAGGCUGGCCGCCAAACGACAGCAAUAUCUAGGAAAGCUCCUUCAGUCGUUGGCCUUGGUUAUUGCUACUGAGCAUUCGAAGAGGUCGUUUGUUGAGCUCUACGAGGCAGCUCUGGAGGAAGGGAUUUCCCUGGAUCAGUCGCCUGGACCAUUCGACCUGGGCGAUGCCAUCAAACGGUCAACUCCAGAGGAGCUCAUUGGUCUCAUCAAACGCGUGAUGACCGUCGUCGUAGAUGGCAACCCAUCUCUUCACUGGAAUGGCAUGGGCAUCGGUCAGGACGCCGAAGCCGCGAUCGACAAAUUUGAAGCGCUCCGCGCAGAUGUGGAACGACUGAUAGAGACGUCCAAGAAGAAGAAAACCAGCCUCAAGAGCAAAUACAGCUCUCAAAGCAGAGUCCUCCGCACAACCGUUGUUGCGCAGAAAGUUCAGCUCAGUCGCGACACAGCCACGCUGACGGAGGAAGACAAUGCUUUUACAGCAGCCAUCGAUGACUUUUUCGCCUUCUUCAAGACUCUCGUGGGCUGCGAGCCACUGUCAAACCUGUUUCUCAACGAGGUUUGGCAGUACGACUAUCACCUGCCCUACGAAGACGUCUUUGUUCCCCGGCCGGGCGCCACGUUUGCCCGCGCAUUGUCUCGCCCGCAUGACUACCUUGGCUGUGCUUGUUGCGACAAGGCGAAUGGCUCAAUGGUGGGGACGCUGCCUGCUACGUCUAUUUUGUAUCAUCUGUACUCCGAGGCGGGCGCGUCAAUCAACGUUGCGGACUUGUGGGCGGCGUACUAUGCGCUCGUGGGCGAGGACUCGGAGAUCGGGAUGGACGAGAGGUCGGCGCUCGUGCUGUUCUACCGGGGGCUGGCGGAGAUGAGAGCCAUGGGAUUCGUGAAGCAGAGCAAGAAGAAGGCCGAUCACAUUACCAAGUUGAAGUGGUUGUGA